AUGCAGUUCAAAAAAGUCACUCAUGUAUUGUUCGAUUUAGACGGAUUACUACUGGAUUCUGAAAUAUUAUACACUGAAGCCUUUACUAAUGUUUGUGCUAAAUAUGGAAAAACCUUUACCUGGGAAAUCAAAGCUAGCCUCUUGGGAUUCCAAGGUCAUGAAUGUGCUGAAAAAAUAAUUAAGACAUUGGACCUACCGAUUACCAAGGAGGAGUUUAUGAAGCAGAGUUUCCAAUAUUAUGAGGUACUGUUCCCUAAAGUGCAGCUUAUGCCAGGAGCUCAAAAGUUAGUAGAACACUUGCAUCGGAAAGGAGUUCCAAUAGCUCUGGCCACUAGCUCCAGCAAGGACAGUGUGGAUAUGAAGAUGCAGAACCACCAGGAGUUCUUGAGUCUUUUCCAACACCUCACUAUGGGAUCCACAGAUCCAGAGGUCACUAAGGGCAAGCCAGACCCUGCCAUAUUCCUAGUCUGUGCAUCUCGAUUUCCUGAUAAGCCAAAACCAGAAGAUUGCCUUGUGUUUGAAGAUGCCGUAAACGGCAUAAAAGCUGCUAAUGCUGCCAACAUGCAAGUGGUAGCCGUGCCUGAUCCUCGCAUUGAGGCUGAACAACUGCAGACUGCUACAUUGGUUCUGAAGUCUUUGGAGGACUUCAAACCUGAGUUAUUUGGUCUUCCAGCUUACGAUAAUUAG